GGAGGAGCCGACGACCUGGGUCACAUGGUUGCACAGCACUGAUCGCAUUCGCAAAUCGAAACAGCCACUGCAAAACCAGCCCUUCCUACCACUGGAGUUGCGCCCUUAAUGCACCUUUUCCCUUGUAUUAACUUUGAAUGGAACACGAAAUAUUUCUAGAUAUAGCUAAAUUAUACAGGAAACAGAUAAGCUGUGGUUUUCUCUCGUGGUAGAAAGAGGCGCGCACGAUAAACUAGCCUUUUGGUGUCGUUUAAACGGGUGUGAAAACUCGAUGGUUUAGUAUGUUCUCGAGUCUAUCGCUGACAAGCCAGCGCAGCUUCUAUCAGGUUUAAGCGACGUUCAUUUAAAUGUUGUAGCUUUACGGUCAGUUUAUUAACCGGGAUCAAUCAGCGACUUUUCAGUUGCUGAGCACUAAAACAGAAAAACGGCUUCACUACUGAGGUAGCAGAGGAGGAAGACCCCCCAGCUCAUAGGAUAUGGAGUCGACCAAAGCUGGAGGCGUAAUAGCCUACAUCAGCUCAUCUAGCUCCGCCUCUAGUCUGGACUCCUGCCACAGCGACUCCUCCAAUGGCAGCUACCAGUCAUCCUCCCCACCCCAUCGCACCUCACCCAGCUGCCGCCAGAUGGGUCGGCCAGCUGACCCCACACUCCCUGCCAGUGGCCAAAACCUCUUAGGGGCUCAGAAGACCGGAUGCUCCUCCUCUUCUGCAAGAGGCGGCAUCACAAAAAUCAGUGGCCUGGUGCUGCUUUGUAAGGUCUGUGGUGACGUGGCCUCUGGUUUCCACUACGGCGUCCAUGCCUGUGAGGGCUGCAAGGGCUUCUUCAGGAGGAGCAUCCAGCAGAACAUCCAGUAUAAGAAGUGCCUUAAGAAUGAGAGCUGCCCCAUCAUGCGGAUCAACAGGAACCGCUGCCAGCAGUGCCGCUUCAAGAAAUGCCUGAUGGUGGGGAUGUCCAGAGACUCUGUGCGUUUUGGCCGAAUCCCUAAGCGGGAGAAACAGCGCAUGCUGCUGGAGAUGCAGAGUGCUGUGAACAACAUGAUGAACAACAGCCAGCUCUACAGCAGCCAGAAUCUCCCUAUUGCCAAACUGCCGCCUGGCAGCUCCACAGAACCUCUGGGUGAAGAUGCUGGCCCUGUCCCCUCCUGCUCUCCAUCCUCACCAUGCUCCAGCCAGUCAGACUCCAGCUCAGACCGCGAGCCCACUGUGGCAAUGGACACCAGCCCCAGCUUGACCUCACCGAGCACAUCAGACAGUGGGGAGGAGGAGGUGAUCGGCUCGGUGACCAGGGCCCACCAGGAGACCUUCAUGUACAACCAGGAGCAGAGCAGCCUGACAGCAGAGGCCCCGACCUCCACACGCCUUCUGACAGGUGGCUCUGCCUGCAAUGCCACUAAGCACUGGACAGAGGAGCGGCAGGACAUCUGGAACCGCCACAACAACCUGGUCACUGUGGUAGCACAGGACCCCUCUUCCAGCCUGGGCCUUCAGGGUGCAGAGGACAACACCCUCAACCACUGCCCCUUCAGACUGCCCAGGAGUGCUGCCAGCCAAUGUCCAGCCUACACACACGGAGCUUUCAGAACUCAGGCCACAGAGGGCCCCAGCAGAGCCUGCAGUUGGCCCCUGUGGAGAGGAGGCAACAGGAUGCAUCUGGUUUGUCCAAUGAACAAGUCUCCUCACAUUGACGCUGAGAAGUCUGGCCAGGAGGUGUGGGAGGAGUUCUCCCACAGCUUCACCCCCGCUGUCAGGGAGGUGGUGGAGUUCGCCAAGAAGAUCCCAGGCUUCAGAGACCUGUCCCAGCAUGACCAGGUCAGCCUGCUGAAGGCUGGCACAUUUGAGGUGUUGGUAGUUCGCUUCGCUUCUCUCUUUGAUGUGAAGGACCGUACCAUAACCUUUCUGGGUGGGAAGAAGUACAGCGUGGACACACUGAGGGCCAUGGGGGCCGGCGACCUCCUCAACUCCAUGUUUGACUUCAGUGAGAAGCUUCUCAGCCUGUGCCUCAGUGAGGAGGAGAUGAGCCUCUUCACUGCUGUGGUUCUAGUCUCUGCAGAUCGUUCAAGCAUAGAGAAUGUGAACUCAGUGGAGGCGCUUCAGGAGACGCUGAUCUGCGUCCUGCGAAGCCUCAUCACCAAGAACCACCCCAACGAGUCGGCCAUCUUCACCAAGCUGCUGCUCAAGCUGCCUGACCUGCGCUCGCUCAACAAUAUGCACUCUGAGCAGCUGCUGGCCUUCAAGGUCCAUUCCUGAAGUUUCCUCGGGUACUUGACCCCUCCGAAUCCCUCAACACAAACUAUAACAGCCUGCAACCAGACCUGGAGGCAACACGGACCACUAGCUCCACCUCACCUCCUGCCCAACUACACCUGCACAUUCGCACUCCUCCCAUGAGGCUUUGUGUUUUUGGUUCUGUCUGUGAAUUAAACUAAAGCUCAAGCCUGACAUAUAAAGGGGGAAGAAGACCAUAAUAUGUUCUUGUACUGUACUGUAGGGCAUAACUGCCUGUGUGAUGGUAAUGCAUUCAUACAGACACACUUGAUUGAUGUAUGUUUCUUGUGUUUGUGUGUAGCACACUGUAUUUUUGCAGCUGUACAAACAUUAGAAGCACUUUCCUGUAUAGUGUAGACUGGUAUUUUUGCAUUCAUAGUGCAAUAUGUGUCUGCUUUUUGAUUUGAGCUUUAUAGUGAGGAAUAGAGACGUGUGUAGUCUUUUCAGUGGCACAUGAUAAUCUGAAUAGGUGCUGUGCUUGUGAUAAAGGGGGAAGCUGUAAACACAAAAACCCCCAGACACUGAAUGACUGAUGAGGUACAAUCCUCUUUAAAAGCAGACCACAGUAAAAGGAAUGUGGGUGCAAAGCUGCUUGAAGUCCCAGCCUCCCAGUGUGGUCCCCAGACAGAUCAGACAAUGUUGUUUAAUUUGAGUGAAUCUGGUCCAGGCUGUAUAUGUGCAAUGCUGUGUUUUUAACCAGCUGCGGGUCAGUUUUUUGAAGUUAUUUGGGCAUUGUGACAAAUCGAAUGAUUGCUUAGCGAUCAGUGGCAAUAGAGAAACACUGAACCAGUGUCAUCUGGACUUGUUUCAAUUAAAGAAAAAUAACUUCUAUCUUGGAUUCCAGCGUCGGCUGUCCUACUUGACCCAAGUCAUGUUGCGUUUCUUCGUCAGACACUUGUUGCUGUCGGACAGUUGGACGACAGAAACUGUCUCUCAGUCAGUGGUAAUUCCCACUUGCUUGAAUAAGCUUUGUUUCAUAAAACUGUACAGACUAUAGCUGAGUAUAGUUAAAGUGAAGAAGUAGGCCUAUUCUGCAUAAAAUAUGAUUGUAAUAUCACUGAAGUGAUUGUUAUUUAAAGAAUAAGCUGGAGUGGAGUGGAGGUGAUGUGUUGCUGGAGUUCAGAUGUCUUUGUGAUGCCAUCUUUUUGUUCCCUGUCCAUGAAUUCACAAUGUCUGGCUUCUGUCAUUGUGUUAAUAUUGAUGAGGUUCUGUUCUCCUCUGUGAAAGGACUGCAGUAUGCAUAGAUUUCUAUAUAAACAUAUACAUACUAUCAUACAUUAUGUGUAUAGAUGAAUAUAUAUAAAUACAUUUUCUA